GUCCAUCCAUCCCUCUCAUCUCAAUUCGUCUCGGUUUCUUUAGUAAUUGUUUCCCGUUGCUCCCAGUAUGUCCGCCCUCACUCGUGUUUUCUGGCGGACCAGCCGUACCGCCCUGCGCUUCCAGCCCUCGACGAACCCCGUACAGCAAGCUCUCGGUGCUCAGGGUGGAAGUCGAUAUGUCGGAGCCGUGAGGAACUACGCCGCCAUGUUCGAGCGCACCAAGCCGCAUUGCAACAUUGGUACGAUUGGACAUGUUGAUCACGGAAAGACCACCCUCACCGCUGCCAUCACCAAGCGCCAGGCCGAAAAGGGCAUGGCAAACUUCCUCGCAUACGGUGCCAUUGACAAAGCUCCCGAAGAGCGGAAGCGUGGUAUCACUAUCGCCACCGCUCACAUCGAGUACGAGACCGAAGCCCGCCAUUACUCCCACGUCGACUGCCCCGGUCACGCCGAUUACAUCAAGAACAUGAUUACGGGUGCGGCGAACAUGGACGGCAGUAUCAUCGUGGUGGCGGCUUCGGAUGGCCAGAUGCCUCAAACCCGAGAGCAUCUGCUCCUUGCGCGGCAGGUCGGUGUCCAGAAACUGGUCGUUUUCGUCAACAAGGUCGAUGUGAUUGAAGACAAGGAGAUGUUGGAGCUUGUGGAGAUGGAAAUGAGGGAGCUCCUCUCCUCCUACGGAUUCGAGGGCGACGAAACUCCCAUUAUCAUGGGCUCCGCUCUCUGCGCGCUGGAGGGCCGAAACCCAGAAAUAGGCGAGCAGAAAAUCGACGAACUCCUCAAGGCCGUCGACGAAUGGAUCCCACAACCCGUGCGUGUGACGGACAAGCCCUUCCUCAUGUCCGUCGAGGACGUCUUCUCCAUCGCUGGACGUGGUACCGUCGUGUCUGGUCGUGUCGAGCGCGGUGUCCUAAAGAGGGACUCUGAUAUCGAACUGGUCGGAAAGGGUGUUGCUCCCAUAAAGACAAAGGUCACCGACAUCGAGACCUUCAAGAAGUCUGUGGCCGAGGCAAUUGCUGGCGAUAACGUUGGCAUCCUAGUCCGAGGCAUCAAGCGUGAAGAUGUCAAGCGUGGUAUGGUUCUGGCCAUGCCGGGCACUACCAAGGCCGCCUCCAAGUUCUUGGUGUCCAUGUAUGUCCUCACCAAAGACGAGGGUGGCCGUCACACUGGGUUUCAUGAGAACUACGGACCUCAGCUCUACGUGCGGACUGCCGACGAAGCCGCCAAGCUGUUCUGGCCUGAAGGCACUGAGAACGCUGCGGACAAGAUGGCCAUGCCCGGUGACAACGUCGAAAUGGUGGCCCAACUCCAUGCACCACUUGUGGUCGAGCCUGGUCAGCGAUUUAACAUUCGUGAGGGUGGUCGGACUGUCGCAACCGGCCUAGUCACACGCUUGCUCGAUUAAACAUACCCCAUCUCCCGUUCUCUACCUCACGUGUAAGAUGUUGAAUAUACGGCUUUCCCGGCGUCACCCUCCUCCCACUCUACUGUCGAUUGUACAUUAGACUACCUUGGCCCGGAUUUGUACAAAAUGAUGAUGAUCCUCCUCAGCUCCACUCCUCUUCCCCUCCUGUUGUUCAAUGCUGUAUUUUACUGGGGGCAUGGAUCUAGAGUAGGUCUGGGGAAAGCCAAGAGGCUGUUUGGCAUCUACAAACUGUGUCUCACGAAAAGAUAGGAAAAAAAUCAUAAUGAAUACCUAAGCUUGGGUCCUGUUGGUGGUGUGGUGGUAUGAAGUGACGACGAGGUAGCUACGUG